AUGGCGCCCGCACCCUGGGAAUCGGUUCCCUGCCAUGAGCAGUUCUUUGCACUCAUCACCGGCGCAAAUAGCGGCGUAGGCUUAGGCUUAGGCCAGCGCCUCAUCGACGAGUUCCUCCACCAGCGACCUCUCUCCCACCACCUCAUCCUCCUACCGACCACCCGAUCUGCCCGCAAAUCCCGCGAGACCGUCCUCGCAUUGCGCCGACAUCUCGAGCACACUGCCCGCAACUCGGAGAGCCUGUGCGCUCGCUCUGGCGGCGACGAGAGCUAUGCUUGGCCUCAAACCUUUCGCCGCGUCCACAUCCUUAGCCCCCAGCUCGACCUCACCGAUCUAACCAACGUCUACGACUUCGCCGCCGCCCUCGUCAGGGGCACCGUAAGCAACCCACCCGACGAGGAUGGUAUGGCCGAUAACCUGACUGACGUACGCAUCCCCCGCCUCGAUGCUGUCGUCUUCAACGCUGGCUUCGGCGGAUGGGACGGGCUCGAUUGGUUUGGCCUUGCCAAGAUGGUCGUGCGGGAGGGCAUUUCCCAGGCCGCCACAUGGCCCGACUUCAAACUAUCCACCCCCGGUGGCGUCGAAGGCACCGAGAAGGCUGGCUCCAGGGAGCAGAUCGAUGAACCUGUCCUUGGCGAGGUCUUUUGCGCCAACGUCUUUGGUCACUACCUUCUUGGCCACGCUCUCAUGCCCCUCCUUGCCCGCGCGGAUGGUGACGUUAUGAGUCCUGGCAAGAUCAUCUGGACAAGGUAUCGUGACCUCGGGCGCUUACGAAAGCUCAAGCGUCUCACCGACAUCCUCGCCCUCACCUGCAGUCUCCCCUCUGUCCUCCCCGCCUCGCGCAACUACUUCCGCCUUCCCGGUGCCGACGCCCCCGUCGAGGAGUGCUACAGACCCCGCGUCUACCUCACCCAUCCGGGUGUCCUCGCUACCACCCUUUUCCCCCUUCCGUCUUGGCUCUUCUUGGUCUACCGCCUCGCGCUCGUCUUCAUCCGCUUCAUCGGCUCACCCUGGCACACGGUCGAUGGCUAUCCUUCUGCUGCUGCCCACGUCACCAUCGCACUCGAGUCUCAAGACGCCCUCGAUGAAUCUCACGCCGAACGCGUUAAGUGGGGAUCCGCAUGUAGUCGAUUGGGCCGCGCGGCUUCCAAGAAGACCGAGGUUCAAGGCUGGGGCUGGGAGGGCGAGGCCGAUUCUCGCAGCAUCGACGAGCCUGGCUUCCUCUCCAAGAAGGUCGGCAGGUGGGCUCACGCCACCGAGACCACCGAGGAGGACAGGGUCGCCUUUGAAGAGAUGGGUGCCCAAUGUUGGGCUGCCAUGGAGAAGCUGAGGGCGGAGUGGGAGGAUAGGUUGGGACUGGGUGCCGUGGGCUCCCAGGAUGCAGAGGACGAAGAUGAGGAUGACGAGGAUGAUUACGAUAAUGUUGAUGAUGCCAGCAGUGACGAAUAG